AUGUCAACUGGAAGGAAAAGUCGUGGUCGCCAAAAGAUUGAGAUGAAAAAGAUGAGCAAUGAGAGCAACUUGCAAGUGACUUUCUCGAAGCGCCGCAGUGGACUCUUCAAGAAAGCCAGUGAGCUUUGCACACUCUGUGGUGCUGAUGUUGCUCUUGUUGUAUUCUCACCUGGUGAGAAGGUGUUUUCCUUUGGUCACCCACAUGUUGAUACGGUCAUAGAUCGUUAUUUAUCACGGGUUCCACCCCAAAACAAUGGCACCAUGCAAUUCAUUGAGGCUCACCGUAGCGCCAAUGUGCGAGAUCUCAAUAACCAGCUGACUCAAAUCAACAAUAAGUUGGACAUUGAGAAGAAGCGUGGUGAUGAGCUGAGCCAGUUGCGCAAGGCAACUGAGGCUCAGUUUUGGUGGGCUUGUCCGAUUGAUGGGAUGAAUAAGGCUCAACUUGAAUUAUUCAAGAAGGCGUUGGAUGAACUUAAGAAACUUGUUGCACAACAUGCUGAUAGGCUUGUAAUUCAAGGUGCACCUACUCAAACUAUUCCAUUUUUUGUUGGAAAUAGUUCCAAUUCUAACAUGCCAAUCCAUCACCCGACAAAUCCUCAACAGGCUCAAAUGUUUCAACAACAAUUUUUUCAGAAUCCUAUGAUGCAAUCUCAUUUGUUUGGUUUCAACAAUAUGGGUGGAAGUGGAGGAUAUGGACCCUCUGGAUUUUUUUAA